UGAACACAGUUCAACACUUUGACAAGUCCGGGCAUUUGACUUAUAAACACCAAGGCACAUAAACUGAAGUUUCUUGCGACUUUCCUCAGGAUUAUUCACAUAAUUUAGAAUCUUGCCUUGAACCAGUUCCCUUAAAAUGAGUCUCGUCCUCGCGCUGGAAUAGAAGAGCACUUGAACUUUUUUGUGCAAAGAAUUUAUAGACUGUGCCUGAAAGACCUUUGUGAACACCCGUUCACCAGCACUCAGGAGCCAUGGCACCUGCUGUCGGAGGUCCCGUGGGCUACACCCCUCCUGAAGGGGGCUGGGGUUGGGCUGUGGUCACUGGCGCCUUCAUUUCUAUUGGAUUCUCCUAUGCCUUCCCAAAGUCCAUCACUGUGUUCUUUAAGGAAAUAGAGACGAUCUUCGAUGCCACCAGCAGUCAAGUGUCCUGGAUCUCUUCCAUCAUGCUUGCUGUCAUGUACGGAGGCGGUCCAGUUAGCAGUAUUCUGGUCAAUAAAUAUGGAUGUCGGCCCAUUAUGAUUUUGGGAGGUCUUCUCUCGGGAACAGGACUCAUUGCGGCUUCUUUCUGCAACAGCGUUGAGGGCUUAUACUUCUGCAUUGGUGUUGUGGGAGGUCUGGGACUGGCAUUUAAUCUCAACCCAGCUCUCAUUAUGAUUGGCAAAUAUUUCUACAAGAGGCGACCGAUAGCUAAUGGUAUUGCGAUGGCCGGUAGUCCAGUCUUCUUAUGCACUCUCGCUCCUUUGAACACGUGGUUCUUCGAUCAGUUUGGCUGGAGGGGAAGUUUCUUGAUCCUGGGUGGAUUUCUGCUCAACUGUUGUGUAGCCGGAGCACUUAUGAGGCCCAUAGGUCCAAAGCCUCAACCGGCAGUCAAAGUAGUAAAUGGCAACGGCAGAGCGGACGAACGAAAGAGCGUGAUCGAGAAGAUCAACGGUUUUAUCGAUCUGUCGCUCUUCAAGCAUCGCGGCUUCUUGCUGUACCUUCUGGGUAACGUAAUCUUGUUCUUCGGCCUCUUCUCUCCCCUCGUGUACCUGAGCAAUUACGCCAAGAGUAAAGACAUUGCGAGGGAUAAGGCGGCUUUUCUGCUCUCUGUCCUGGGCAUUGUAGAUAUGGUGGCACGACCCUCUAUGGGAAUGGUGGCCAACACGAAAUGGGUGAGACCGAGGAUCCAGUACUUCUUCGCCGUCUCUGUCCUUCUCAAUGGUGUGUGUCACCUGCUUGCCCCUCUGUCGACGGACUAUAAAGGGUUUGUCAUUUACGCCAUCUUCUUUGGCUUUGCCUAUGGGUGGCUGAGCUCCGUGCUCUUUGAGACCCUAAUGGAUCUUGUGGGGGCACAGCGUUUCUCCAGUGCUGUUGGGCUGGUGACAAUUGUUGAAUGUGGGCCUGUGCUGCUUGGACCUCCUUUACUUGGAAAAUUCAAAGACCUUUACCACGACUACCAGUACACUUACAUGGGCUGUGGGAUAAUCCUUCUGGUUGGAGGUGUGUUUCUUUUCAUCGGAAUGGGCAUCAACUACAGGCUUCUGCGUAAGGAGGCAAAAGAAGAAUCCAUGAGAGCAGAUCUCCAGGGGAGGGAAGAUGAUGGCAGCAAGGAUGGUGUGAAAAGAGAACCUGGAAAAGAGGUUUCAGAAGCAUUGAAAGCAAACGAUGAAAAUACAGCCGAGCAUACUGUGUGAAUCUUUCUAUCCCGUUCAUUGAUUCUGUUAAAUUACUGUUGUUGAUUCUGGCGUCACUUAAUGUCUAAACACUGGAUCUAAAUACAAACAUUCAUCAUGACAAUUCUGUUUGCUGAGAUAAUGAUGCAAAACAACCAUUACCACCAUCCAUACUGUAAAAUCUGUAUUCAAAAUGUUAUGAAUUUGGUUUAAAAAAGUUUACCGUAUGACUAGUUUUUACAUAAAGGACAUGUUAGUGAAUGAGGAGAAUAUAACAAUGCACAAUUUUGAAUAUUUGCACGCUCCUUUAUUUCCAUAAACACUGUGCAAUUCUUGCAUUAUCAGUUUCACUUGCCAUGGUCUUAUAUUCUCACAUUUGUUUGUGUAUGUAUACACUAUCUAUAUACAGGUAGAUAUAAAUUGGUUACAGCUGCAUCUCUACUGCAUUGUUCUUGUUAUGCCAAAUAAUGUAGGCCGGGGAAAGUUUAAAUAGUUUUCAAAACAGUCAGAAUAAAAAUGAUUCAUUUUAAUAUGAAUUUUAUUGCAUCCUUGUUCAUUUCUCAUGCAUUUGGCGCUCAGAUCUCAUGAUCUGUUAAGGUUUAAUGAACUGUUUUACGUUUGGGGACCCAGGGAAUUAAACUUUUACCCUUCAUAGUAUCCAAUCAUAUGAAAUAGCCUAAUAAAUGCGAUUGAUUCAACCAAAUCACACUGCAGAAAAAUACAAUAAAUGACAA